AUGUUACCAGGUAAUAAGACAUUACCAACUCAUUUCAAGCCAUUACAUUAUGCGCUUGAGCUCAAUUGCUUAGAAAUACAAGAUGGAUUGUUUUCAGGGAUAGUUAAGAUUGAUUUCAAGCCGGAAUUGCCGUCGAAGCAUGUCUUUUUGAACAUAAGGGAUAUCGAUAUCCUUCAAGCUGUGGUUACCACGAAAGCAGAUAAAAAAAUCAGCCUAGAAUCGCAAAGCUAUGAUGAAGUGACUGACGUUCUUAUCUUAACGUUUGUUGAGGAGCUUGAUGAAGAAUUCACUUUGGAUAUUCAGUACAGAGGCACGAUUCAAACCAACAUGACUGGAUUUUACAAAUCUCAAUACACAGAUCCAGCAACUGAGGAAACGAAAGCAAUGUUUUCAACACAAUUUGAAGCUACCGAUGCUAGGCGAGCGUUUCCUUGCUUAGACGAGCCUCUACUGAAAGCGACUUUCGAUGUCACAAUUACAGCACCUACGAAUUUAAUUGUUCUUUCAAAUAUGCCAAACAAAUCAGUAGAACAAUUGAGUCGCGAUGGGACAGCAAUGCAUAGAUUCUAUACAACCCCCAAGAUGUCCACUUAUUUACUCGCCUGGGCUCUGGGGGAUUUUGAAUACAUCGAAAAGCGCACUGAGAAAUGUAUCUACCCUGUUGUUGGCCAAGAUUCAACAGAAAUGCAAAAGCUUCCUGUCCGAGUCUACGCUGCGAAAGGCAAAGCUAUGCAAGGUGAAUUUGCCUUAGAUGUUGCUAGCAAAGUCAUUGACUAUUAUUCGAGCCUUUUUAAAAUACCAUACCCACUGCCUAAAUUAGAUUUGUUGUGUGUUGAAGCAUACUCACACAAUGCAAUGGAAAACUUCUCACUUAUAACAUUUAGACCCACGGCCCUAUUGUUGGAUGGCGAAGUAGAGACUAGUAAUACCCUCUCGCUGCAGAAGAUAGCUUACGUUGUCUCUCAUGAAAUUGCGCAUCAGUGGUUUGGAAACUUGGUUACGAUGAAGUGGUGGGAUGAACUUUGGCUGAAUGAGGGAUUCGCAACUUGGAUAGGGUACUAUGCUGUCAAUUGGAUGUUCCCUGAAUGGGAUGUUCCUUCGCUAGUUAUGUGGAAGUCUCACGAGGUUGCCCUAGAGUUAGAUUCACUGAAAGAGUCUCAUCCUGUAAGAGUGGAUAUAAAAAACGCAAAAGAUAUUGAUCAAGUAUUUGAUACUAUAUCUUAUCUGAAAGGUUGUUCAAUACUUGAGAUGAUUAGCGAGUACGUUGGACCGGAAGAAUUCAUAAAAGGUGUGGCACUGUAUCUGAAACGUAACGAGUUUUCCAAUGCUACAAUGGGAGACUUAUUGGGAAGUGUAAGCGAGGUUUGUUCUCUCGAUGUUAAUUCUCGUCUUCAAGACUGGAUAUUAAAUAUUGGCUAUCCAUUGUUAGAAGUUCGAACCGCAGGCCCAGGAGAAUUUGCAUUGAGCCAAAAAAGGUUUUUAUCAACUAGCAGAGCAGAUGCUACUUUAUCUAGCUGGUGGUUACCACUCAUGCUUAACAAUGCCGCAACAGACCAGAUGCUUGAACUCUGGGAUAAAUCGGCCACAUUCAAUUUUCCCCAGGACAAACUUUUACACUUUAACACCAACGGCCUCGGCUUCUACCGCGUCAAAUACGAAGAUAGAGUCCUUCUGCAGAAAAUUUGCCUAAAUUUAAACCUCCUCUCGUCGCGAGGUAAAAUAGGCUUGAUCUCAGACAUUCAAACAACUGCCAGCGCCGAAGACCUACUUGAAGUUCUUUCUUAUUUUGCCAAAGUUCAAAACCCAUACGACUACUACGUUUGGGCGGUUGUUUUUGAAGCGUGUUCGAGGUUACAGUUGUUAUUUUUCAGAUCGAACUCGCUCAGAAUCUAUAAAAAGGUUAUAUCCUUUGUGGCUUCGGUGGUGGAACCUCAAAUAAACAAUGCUCUUUCAUUUUUGUGCAAUCCCUCUGUGAUAUUGCAAGACUUGGCUGAUAACCGUCGCGCUUUGAAAUCACAGUUUUACGAAGAAGUACUUUUAGCUGCGGGGAAAGGUUCUCACUGGAGAGUCGUUGAACAAUGUCAGUCGCUUUUCGAGUCAGGAACGGUAAAAGCAGCAACUAGACAAAUUAUUUUGGUCACUGUCUUGACGCAACCUGAUACUCCUGCUGCGACGUUCGAUACCGUAGCUUCUGAGUUGAAUACUGCGACAUUAGCUCAUAAAGAAUGUUUACUAUCUGCACUAGGUAAAGUUCGAAAUUCUCGUCUUUUCACCAAAUCUUUUGAGCUGCUAUUUCGGAUACAGACGAUGGAUGUUCAAUUUUUAGCCGAAGCUUGGGGCUCCAAUCCUUACAUCCGCGAUGACUUGUGGAAAUUUAUCAAGGAAAAUUAUGACCGAAUUGUUGAUCAAAUAGGUGCCAAUUCGACGGUGUUAGAGAGAUUUGUCAGAUUCACUUUGACCAACAUGACGGGAUUCGCAUUGAAACACGAAGUGGAGCUUUUUUUCUCAGACAAAGAUAUCACAUCGUUCGAUAGAGCGUUGAAACAGGCCUUGGAGAAAAUUGAGAAGAAUACGUUAUAUACAGAAGCUAGCACAGCCGAAUCUCUCGAGAUCAAAAAAUCAAGCUGA